AUGUCUUGUAAUUUGAUAGUCAACGAUCAACUGUUAGCACUAGCUCGAAAGUACGAAAUAAGAAGAGAUUAUGCUGAACGUCUUCGUAUACUCAAAGAUUUCGAAAUUGUGCUUCUCUGUGAUGACUCUGGUUCGAUGAAAACACCUGUCGAUGAUGGUAGGCAAACUCGUUGGGAAGAACUUUGUGCAAGUGCUAAGAUUGUACUUGAAGUCGGUACUAUAUUCGAUGAAAACGGUGUUGAUCUUUGCUUUCUCAACCGACGAAGUUUUUAUCGAAUCAAAGAACCGAGAGAAGUAGAGCAGGCAUUCUCUGUCAGUCCAAGUGGUUAUACUCCACUCGUUACCGCUUUACGAAGCGUGCUUCAAAUGCCAGCAUUACGGCGUGGCUAUGAUAAAAAGUUAUUAAUAUUCAUUGUUACUGAUGGAGAACCAACUGACGAGGAAGGUAAUCCAAAUCGAGCAGACCUUGAACAUAUCAUGCGCAAUGAACGUAAUUCAGAUACCACUCAUGUAAUGUUUCUACUUUGUACUGAUGAGCCAGCUUGUGUCGACUAUUUGCGCCAGUGGGACCAGACUAUGAAGAAUGUUGAUGUCACAGAUGACUUUCGAACACAGAAAGCAAAAAUACGCCAAUAUCUUGGAGCUAAUUACUCAUUUUCUUUUGGUGAUUAUAUUGUUAAAGCAUUAAUAGGUGCUGUCGAUCCAGAAAUAGAUGGUUUAGAUGAACCACCACCAGUAAACAAUAACUAA